UGAGAAAGAAAAAGAAAAAAAAAUUGUAAAACAGAUUUCAAUGCCAAAUCUGUGUGAGUAAGUGACUGUAGUGGUGGUGGUGGAAAAUGGAAGCUGUUUUUGUAACUGCAACUAACAGUUUGCUUUCUACAUCUUCUCCACUUCAAAACAAUAAGAAAUGUGCAACUAAUUUGAAGUUUUUAUCACCAUCUUCUUCUAGAAAUUACAAGAAAAUCUCAUGUCAAGUUUCAAAAUCAAAAGGUGAGACUGAAGGGAGAAACACCAUGAACAGCAGCAGCAGUACUAGUAGCAGUGGUGGUGGAAAAAUGGAUGAGUAUAAUACAGCUAUGAAGAAGAUGAUGAGAAACCCUUAUGAGUAUCACCAUGAUCUUGGAAUGAACUAUAAACUUAUACUUGAUAAUUUGAUUGUGGGAUCUCAACCACAGAAGCCUGAGGAUAUAAAUCAUUUGAGAGAGGAGAUGAGUGUUGCUUACAUUUUGAAUUUGCAACAAGACAAAGAUGUUCAGUUUUGGGGAAUUGAUUUGCAAUUGAAUGUUGAUAGAUGUAAAGAAAUCGGUAUUCGCCACAUGAGAAGACCUGCGAAAGAUUUCGAUGGGGAUUCUUUAAGAAGUGGAUUACCUAAAGCUGUUUCGUCAUUAGAAUGGGCUGUUGAAGAAGGAAAAGGAAGAGUUUAUGUGCAUUGUACUGCUGGAUUGGGAAGGGCACCUGCUGUUGCAAUUGCUUAUAUGUUCUGGUUUUGCGAUAUGAAUCUGAAUACAGCUUAUGAGACGCUUACUUCAGUGAGGCCUUGUGGACCAAACAAGAAAGCAAUACGUGCAGCUACAUAUGAUCUUGCUAAGAACGAUCCGUGGAAAGAACCAUUUGAGAACCUUCCAGAACAUGCUUUUGAGGACAUAGCACCUUGGGAGAGAAAGCUAAUUCAAGAUCGAGUCCGUGCUCUACGUGGCACAUGAAAGAAAAUGCAGGGAAACAUAUGCUCUGCUAACUUCAACGUAAGGAAUGAUUCAAAGCUGCUGCGCCUCCAAGACGUGCGCCCAUUUCAGAGCUAGUGUGCUUGUAUUGCACUCCACAGUAAUCUAUUGCACCUUUGUUUACCAUACUCUAUAUAUUUAAAAACACCGAUUUCAAUCGACUGUACUCUGUAAUUGUCUAAUAAAGGAGCUACAGUUUAGUAUUGAUUGCAGUUCUGCAGAAACAAUGAUAGCAUAUUUGUUUCAUCUUCUUCAUACGUUUCUUGUUUUUCUA